AUUUACUAAAGGAAUACUAAAAUAUACUGAGUAAGAAAAAAACAAUGGUGGCAAGACCUCCAGGAACUCCUGGAAAAAUUGUGUCUUUCAUCAGGGAUAUUCUAGUUGGGAGACACAUUCCUGCUAGCCCAUGGCUGAGGACAACUGAUAGGUGUGCCACUAGGUCACCUCCCCCUCCAAAUCUACCAGGUGGAGAAGCCCAUAAAUUAGCAUUUAAUUAUUAUUAUUCACGUGAUCGAAGACGUGAUGUGCAACCACCAAUCAUUUCAUCAUCAUCGAAAUUAGUAGCUGACAAAAGUGACAUAGAAGCUGAGGCAUCUCCUCUUCAAAUGCCACCUGUUCCUGGAAAAGGUCACCCAUGAAGACAAAUUUCUUGGUAGAAAACUUAUGGACACUUAUCAGUGCAAUUACAAUUUUAGAUAGUAUUGUUACAUUAAAGUGAUUAUAAUAUAAUGUAUAUUUUAGUAUUUCAGCGCAGCCACCGGGUGAUUAAAAUUCAGUGUUACACACGUAAA